CAGACUUAAAAACGUGAACACUCACACGCACGCAUUUGCGGACCUUUUUGACGGAAACAACUUCCUUUUACUUUCACCUCAAUCAAUCCCAUAGAUUCCUCGGAAAACCCCAAACCCCAUCAAGAGAGAGAAAGAAAGAAAACCACUCAUCCAGUCGCCGGAAUAUUCGCUAGCUGUCUUCAGAUUCCGAUACUAAGAUCGCGUGUAUCUCUGCAUCUAUGUCCUAAAACCCUAAUCUCAAAUAAAGGCAAUCCAAAUCAAGAUAUUUUAAACUUUAUUUAACACACUGAAAAUUAGGGUUCUGGAGAGUGAUUUAGAGAGAGAAAGUUAGAGAAUGGGUGAUCAAUUGGAGAGGUUGGGAUCGGAGAGUGCGGCGACGCUGGAGUCGAGCAUAAAGGAGGAACUUUCUAUGGAGAUUGAUCCGCCGUUCAAAGAAAAUCUUGCGACCGCCGAAGAUUGGAGAAAGGCACUCAACAACGUCGUUCCAGCGGUGGUCGUGCUUCGGACCACCGCUUGUCGAGCUUUUGACACCGAAUCCGCCGGUGCCAGCUACGCCACCGGUUUUAUUGUCGAUAAGCAGCGCGGAAUUAUACUCACUAAUCGUCACGUGGUGAAAGCUGGGCCUGUAGUUGCAGAAGCUAUGUUUGUAAACCGCGAAGAAGUUCCUGUAUAUCCUAUAUACAGAGACCCGGUUCACGAUUUUGGUUUCUUUCGCUAUGACCCCAGUGCCAUUCAAUUUCUGAGCUACGAGGAGAUUCCUCUUGCUCCUGAGGCUGCUUGUGUUGGACUUGAGAUCAGGGUUGUUGGCAAUGAUAGUGGGGAGAAGGUGUCUAUUUUGGCUGGUACCCUUGCUCGUUUGGAUAGAGAUGCUCCUCAUUAUAAAAAGGAUGGCUACAAUGACUUCAAUACAUUCUACAUGCAAGCUGCAUCUGGAACUAAAGGAGGUUCGAGUGGUUCCCCAGUAAUCGAUUGGCAAGGCAGGGCAGUUGCCUUGAAUGCUGGGAGCAAGUCAUCUAGUGCUUCGGCCUUUUUCUUACCUUUAGAACGGGUUGUAAGGGCAUUAAAAUUCUUGCAGAAGGGAAGAGAUUCAUAUCAAGAUAAGUGGGAGGCCAUUGCUAUUCCUCGUGGUACUCUUCAGGUGACAUUUCUUCACAAAGGAUUUGAUGAGACUCGUCGGCUUGGUCUCCGGAGUGAUACAGAACAGUUGGUGCGACAUGCAUCCCCGCUUGGUGAAACUGGAAUGCUUGUUGUUGAUUCUGUGGUGCCAGGUGGGCCAUCCCACAAUCUUUUGGAGCCAGGUGAUGUGCUUGUUCGCAUGAAUGGGGACGUAAUUACUCAGUUCCUGAAAUUGGAGACUUUACUUGAUGACGGUGUGGGACAGAAGAUUGAACUACAGAUUGAAAGGGGUGGGACUCCAUUGACUGUGGACUUGGUGGUUCAAGAUUUACAUUCAAUUACUCCUGACCACUUUUUGGAAGUAAGUGGUGCUGUGAUACAUCCACUUUCAUAUCAACAGGCCAGAAAUUUUUGUUUCCACUGUGGUCUUGUAUAUGUUACAGAACCUGGAUAUAUGCUUGUUAGAGCUGGAGUCCCUCGCCAUGCCAUUAUAAAGAAGUUUUCAGGUGAGGAGAUAUCACGACUCGAAGACCUAAUCUCUGUCCUUUCUAAGCUGUCUAGGGGUGCUCGAGUGCCAUUGGAAUACAUAAGCCAUACGGAUCGUCAUCGGAGUAAGUCUGUCCUGGUCACCGUUGAUCGCCAUGAAUGGUAUGCCCCUCCUCGGAUAUACACUCGCGAUGACAGUUCUGGUUUAUGGACAGCAAAGCCUGCUCUGCCCCCGGACUCUCCACUAUUGUCUUGUGGGAUGAAUUAUAUUGAACAUGAUCUUGUAAACCAUAUGGGUUUAUCAGAUCCUGGCGAGGCUAGUCUAAUGGAGCAUAUGCAUCAAGAUAUUAACCGGGAAUUGACAGAUGGCGUUACCAUGAUGGAAACUAGUUAUGAACAUGUUGCUGAGGAACCUCAUUCUCGGGGUCAAUCUGAUGUUGGAGCAAAGAAGCGGCGAGUGGAAGGGGAUUUAUCUUCUGAUGGUCUUGUUGUUGCUGACUGUUCUUUACGUGAGCCUGCAGAAGAAGUGUUGGAAGACUCGAGAAACUCAGAGAAUGCAGUUUUGAGAGAUUAUCAAACUGCAGCAGCCACAGCAGCUAAUGCUUCAGUAGCUGAGCGUGUGAUAGAGCCUACUCUUGUAAUGUUUGAGGUUCAUGUGCCACCAUCUUGUAUGCUUGAUGGUGUCCACUCACAGCAUUUUUUCGGAACUGGUGUUAUUAUAUAUCAUUCACAAACCAUGGGAUUGGUUGCAGUUGACAAGAACACUGUUGCGAUAUCUGUGUCUGACGUAAUGCUUUCUUUUGCUGCUUUUCCUAUUGAAAUUCCGGGGGAGGUGGUGUUUCUCCAUCCUGUUCAUAAUUAUGCUCUUAUUGCAUAUGAUCCUUCUGCUCUUGGAGCUGGUGCCUCAGUGGUUCAUGCUGCUGAACUUCUUCCUGAACCUACACUGCGUCGUGGAGAUCCAGUCUAUCUUGUGGGGUUAAGUAGGAGCCUGCAGGCAACAUCAAGGAAAUCUGUUGUUACCAAUCCUUAUGCUGCUCUGAAUAUUGGUUCGGCUGAUUGUCCUCGUUAUAGAGCAACCAAUAUGGAAGUUAUUGAGCUUGAUACUGAUUUUGGUAGUACUUUCUCGGGUGUGCUAACUGAUGAGCAUGGAAGGGUUCAAGCAAUCUGGGGAAGCUUUUCAACCCAGCUAAAAUAUGGUUGUAACUCAUCAGAAGAUCAUCAAUUUGUACGAGGUAUGCCAAUUUAUACAAUCAGUCAAGUCCUUGACAAAAUCAUAUCUGGUGCAAAGGGACCACCUCUUCUCAUAAAUGGCAUCAAAAGGCCAAUGCCGCUCAUCAGGAUUUUAGAGGUUGAACUUUAUCCUACUUUGCUUUCCAAGGCCCGGAGUUUUGGAUUGAGUGAUGAAUGGAUCCAGGCUCUUGUCAAGAAAGAUCCUGUUAGACGACAAGUCUUACGUGUUAAGGGUUGUUUGGCUGGUUCAAAAGCUGAGAAUCUAUUAGAACAAGGUGACAUGGUCUUGGCAAUUAAUGGAGAGCCUGUUACAUGCUUCCAUGACAUUGAAAAUGCUUGUCAGGCGCUAGAUCAAAGUGAUGACAAUGAUGGGAGUCUUAACUUGACUAUUUUCCGUCAGGGACGUGAAAUCAAACUUCUUGUGGGAACAGAUGUGAGGGAUGGAAAUGGAACAACACGGGUGAUAAAUUGGUGUGGAUCUGUUGUCCAGGAUCCUCACCCAGCGGUGCGUGCUCUUGGAUUUCUUCCACAACAAGGCCAUGGUGUAUAUGUGGCAAGGUGGUGUCAUGGGAGUCCAGUGCAUAGAUAUGGACUUUAUGCUCUUCAGUGGAUUGUUGAAGUUAAUGGGAAAUCAACUCCUGAUCUAGAUGCCUUCAUCAAUGUAACAAAGGAAUUAGAAGACAGGGAGUUUGUUCGUGUCAAGACUGUCCACUUGAAUGGGAAGCCUCGGGUAAUGACAUUGAAGCAGGAUUUGCACUACUGGCCUACGUGGGAGCUUAGAUUUGAUCCCAACACUGCAAUGUGGCGCCGCCAGACAAUAAAAGCAUUAACCUGCGGGAUUGCAUGAACCCACCCUUCUGUAUUUCAUAGACUCCCCCGGGAAGAGAGGAGAAAAUAUAGAUCAGAAAUAUGUCAGAAUUUUAUUUAUUGAACCCUUUGGGGUUACUAUGCUGUUGUAUUGAGAUAUGAACUGUAAUAAUACUACUAGUGUUAGUUAUACUAGGAAGAUCUUAUAAGUCUGGUUCUUGCAUAUUGCGAUUAGCAAUUGUCUGGGAGAGGAUCAAGUACCACAAAAAUAUUUAUUCUGUGCCGGUAUAACUAUUAUAUUUAUUAUUGUAAAAUUAUAAUAAAUUUUCAGCUUUUGCCUUCA